GAAAAUGUAUAAUUCUCUUCAAUACAGAAGCGUCACGAUGCCACAAGAGAAAAAUGUCGUAGCCGAGGAUAACAGAGUCGUACAUAUGGUUGGAGAAGUAAUUCACAAACAACCGUGAGGUUAUAGAAAAUGGCAAAUCAUCCUCGAAAUGUUGGUCAAUCUUAUUUUUGGGGCACAGGAGUUUCUCAGCCACAAAAUAUGGGAUAUUAUUCGGUGCCAUCUCCAAAUUUUCCACCUCCAAAUUUUAGUCACCUACCAUCAUCUUAUAAUAUACCGGUCUCUACUUUUCCUGAAAAUGAAGGUGCAAAUUUUAUUCCACCGUAUCAUGCUAUGGGAACAUGUUAUCAAAAUGAAGUUUCAAAUUCUUACGAUGUUCCUUAUCAAACUCCAACGGAACUACAAUAUAACAAUCAAAAUUAUGGAAUGUCUACCUAUCCUCAACCUGUAAGUAAUUUUAACGCAAAUUGGGAUGAUGGAAGUGCAUAUCAUAACAGUGAUAAUGCAGAAUGGAACUUCAAUAACUAUUCGUCUGAUUGGAAUAAACCACAAAAUAGUAGAAAUUCUUGGUAUGAAACAAAUAAAGUGCAAGAAGAUGAUAGAAAAUCAUCAUACGUAAAAUUUAACGAUUUUCCAAAAAAUAGAAGGUUUGAAUGGAGAUAUAGAGACAAAGAGCCUUCUAAUAGUUAUUCAGUUAGUAAAAGACGUUCCAGAAGUCCUCAGAAUAGGUCAAGGGAGAGUAGAUCAAGCAGAUCACCAUAUAGAUCAAGGCAUGAUUCCCAAAGAGAGAAAUAUUCAAAGUAUCCAAAAAAUAGAUCGGUCUCUAGAGAGCGUUUAUAUUGUGAAGAAGACUCUGACAGAAGAUCAAUACACAGAAAAAAUAAUUUACAUACGUCACGCUCUCAGAGAUCAUAUACAAGUUAUAGAAGUAGGAACAGAUCUAGAUCUCAAGAAUCUUACUCAUCUAGAACUGCUAGUCCAAAUAAUAAUCCCCCCAUUAACAGGGAUAGAACUGAAAGAGAGUUACUUCUAGAAAAAUAUAGGCAAGAUUAUUGUGAAACAAGUAAAGAUAUGGAAAGGAAAAUGGAUGAACUAUCUGCUAUAGGACCUGAAGGUAUUAUGGAAAAUGCAAGAAAAGUAUGGACACGUACUGCACCAGCAGAUUUAUAUUAUAUUAGAGAUGAAAGCAACCCAAAAAUAAUGAGAGGUAUGCCUAAGCUGCAUGAGUUAUGUGAAUUGUUCAAGGAAGUAUUACUAAAUAGAGCUGCAGCUGCAAGAGCUUUACAGCCUCCUUACGAACCACCCCCAAGAAAAACUAGAGUUCGUUUAUGCAGACACAAAUCUGAAGCGUGUAGUAGUUCUUCUGACAGUGAUAGUUCAAUGGAUGAAGAUGACAGAACAAUGGAAGAAUUAAUGGCAAAGAGAGAACAUCCACAAAGAUUACAUCCUGAAAUGUGGUUUAAUGAUCCUGGAGAAAUGAACGAUGGACCAUUGUGUAGGUGUAGCCCAAAAUCAAGAAGGUCCGGUAUUAGACAUGGAAUCUAUGCUGGAGAGGGUGCAAUAAAUAAAUGUGAUUUAAAUACAAAUAAUGCCGAUAAAUUAUAUCAUUAUCGAAUAACAAUUAGCCCCCCAACAAAUUUUCUUACCAAAACACCAACAAUUAUUAAGCAUGAUGAGCACGAAUUUAUAUUUGAAGGAUUUUCUAUGCUCUCGCAUUUUCCUCUCGUAAAAUUACCGACUUGUAAAGUAAUAAGAUUUAACAUUGAGUAUACAAUCCUUUACAUAGAUGAGAAGUUACCAGAAAAUUUUAUAAUUCAAGAAUUGGACUAUUUCCAAACUUAUUUAUUUAAGGAAAUAUUGGAACUUACAGACUUUGAUUUACAAGCUGCGCAAAAUAAAUCUGGCUGUGGUCAGUUUCAUUUUAUGCCAAGAUUCGUUCGUGAUUUAGCUGACAAUGGACAGGAAAUAUUAUCUAUGAAUGAGGUUUUAAAUUAUUUAAUCAAAAGUAGUAAAUUGUUAAUAGAUCCAGAUGAUCUACCUAGGUUAAUAGAGAUGCCUCAAUAUAAAUGGCAAAAUUUUGCGGACGAAGUAAAGGGUAUGAUUGUUACGUAUCCUGGAAAAAAACCAUGCAGUGUUCGUGUAGAUCAGUUAGAUAGGAAUCGAGCAGAUCAGCCAUCUGGUGUAAUUGCAUACCCCGAAAUUGUACAUUUUGGAAUUAGACCACCACAACUUAGUUAUGCAGGAAAUGCAAAUUACCAAAAAGCAUGGCGUGACUAUGUAAAAUUUCGUCAUUUAUUGGCUAACAUGCCAAAACCAUCGUUUGAAGAUAAACGAAAGUUAGAAGCAAAAGAGAAUAAGCUUCAGGAAUUAAGAACCCAAAGCAAAAUGAAACGCGAUGUUACUGUGGAUGUUAGUUCUGAAGGAUUUUAUAGAACUGGAAUAAUGUGUGAUAUAGUACAACAUGCAAUGUUAAUUCCAGUACUUGUUUGUCAUUUAAGAUUUCAUAAAUCUUUAGAUAACUUAGAGCAUACCUUAGGCUAUGAAUUUAAAAACAGAUAUCUUCUUCAGUUAGCUCUAACACAUCCUAGUUACCGUGAAAAUUUUGGUACAAAUCCAGAUCAUGCACGGAAUUCUUUGACUAAUUGUGGAAUAAGACAACCGGAAUAUGGUGAUCGGCGAAUACAUUAUAUGAAUACUCGAAAACGUGGUAUUAAUACAUUAAUCAAUAUAAUGUCAAGAUUUGGCGCGAGAACCGAAACUGAAUCUUCUAUAGCGCACAAUGAAAGAUUGGAGUUCUUAGGAGAUGCAGUAGUAGAAUUUCUAACAUCGAUUCAUUUAUUUCAUAUGUUUCCUGACUUAGAGGAAGGUGGUUUGGCUACUUACAGAGCAGCAAUUGUUCAAAAUCAACACCUCGCUGUAUUAGCAAAGAAAUUAAAUCUAGAGGAAUACAUGCUCUACGCACACGGAAGUGAUCUUUGCCAUGAUUUAGAAUUACGACAUGCAAUGGCGAAUUGUUUUGAGGCAUUAAUGAGUUCAUUAUUUCUUGAUGGUGGUAUAGAAGUUGCAGAUAGAGUUUUUGGCGAAACACUUUUCAAGGACGAAGAAGAUCUCGGGAAAGUUUGGGUAAAUUACCCAAAACAUCCUUUGCAAGAGCAGGAACCAACAGGUGAUAGACAAUGGAUACCAAGUUUUGAACUAUUGCAAAAAUUAACAAAAUUUGAAGAAUCUAUUGGUAUUGUGUUUACCCAUAUCCGUCUUUUGGCUAGAGCAUUUACCGAUCGCAGUAUAGGAUACACGAACUUAACACUGGGUUCUAAUCAACGUUUAGAAUUUUUAGGAGACACUGUAUUACAAUUGAUAGUUUCCGAAUAUUUAUACAAAUAUUUUCCAGAACAUCAUGAGGGUCAUCUAUCUUUAUUGCGAAGCUCUCUUGUAAAUAAUAAAACUCAAGCUGUAGUAUGUGAUGAUUUGGGGAUGACUCAGUAUGCACUUUAUGGUAAUCCAAAAGCCGAAUUAAAAACAAAGGACAGGGCAGAUUUAUUGGAAGCGUUUCUGGGAGCUCUUUACGUCGAUAAGGGCUUAGAAUUUUGUCGUGUCUUUUGUGACGUAUGCUUCUUCCCACGUUUACAAGAUUUCAUUAUGAAUCAAGAUUGGAAUGAUCCAAAGAGUAAAUUGCAGCAAUGUUGCUUAACAUUAAGAACAAUGGAUAGUGGAGAACCUGAUAUUCCUGUAUACAAAGUGAUUGAGUGUAAAGGACCAACAAAUACAAGAAUUUAUACCGUUGCUGUAUAUUUCCAAGGAAAACGAUUAGCAAAGGCAUCAGGUCAUAGUAUUCAAGAAGCAGAGAUGAAUUCAGCAAAAGAAGCUUUAGAAAAAUCUCAAGAUUUGUUUCCACAACUAGAUCAUCAAAAACGUGUAAUAGCGAAGAGUAUGAAAAUGCAACAGUGGCCAAAUAAAUAUAAAAGAAGGGGAAGAUCCAUGAAACCUACAGAUAAAUACGAUGAUUCUGAUACUAGUCAGCGAUCUAAAAGAAGCCGAAGCGAAGCAUAAUGGACAAUGAAAAUUAAUUUGUUGCCGUUGAAGUGCUAUUUUAUAUUGAAUGUAUGUAUAUAGUAAUUGAUAUUGUAUAACUGAUGGUAGAUAUAAUAAAUCUUUAAUAAUUAUCAAAAUAAAUACUACUGCAAUA